AUGGACGAAUCCCUAGUCCCCGAUGAGUCGCUCUCGCUGAGAGCCAGACACUUAGCAGAGGCGUUCGGAAGCAAUGAUCGUGCCGAUGAAGCUUCAGAUAUAGAAAAUGUUAUAGGGCCACCCGAUGCCCACGAGCCCAACGAUGCCGAUACUCCAUCUGAUCCGACGCUCGAAUUACUUGACCGGCUCGACAAGUUGGUAAAAUCUUUUUUAAAAAGAGGCAAGUGGGCUGCAGCAGCGGAUCUCGGUGCUUUGGUCCUCGAUGUCCGCGAAGCUAGCUAUGGAGAAGACGACCUGGCAACGAUGAGCGCAAUGAACAACCUUGUUUCAGCAUAUUGGGGACAAGGCCAAUACGACGAGGCGGCCGAGCUCGGCGAGCGAGUCACGGGAUUGAGGAGAAAAAUACUUGGCGAGAAGAAUCCACAGACAUUGAUUUCCAUGUCGAAUCUUGCAUCAGCCUAUCGCGGCCAGGGCCGAUGGGAAGACGCCCAAAAGCUCGACACGCGAGUAUUGGAGAUUAAAGCUGAGACUGCCGGCCGAGACCGCCCCUCUUUGUUUAUCUCCAUGGCGAAUCUUGCGACUUCCUAUGCAAGCCAGGGGAGGUAUGCAGACGCAGAAUCCAUUGAACGAUCCUUGCUGGAACAAGGAGAGAAGAUGAUUGGCGCCUCGAAAGCAUCCAUCUUGACAUGGAAGUCCAAUUUGGCGUCGACUCACCGAGACCAGGGACAUCUUUCUCUUGCAGAAAGGUUAGAUCUGGAAGUCCUCGAGGCAAGACGGGAAUCACUGGGCUCAAAGCAUCCUUUGACCCUGACGUCCAUGGCCAAUCUAGCAUCUACCUACCGUGCCCAGGGCCGUUGGGCCGAUGCAGAAUCCCUAGAUCGCCAAGUAGUAGCUACUAGCAAAGCAGUCCUGGGUGAAAAGCAUCCUCAGACGCUGAUGUCAAUCAGCAACCUCGCAUGUACCUGCCGCAGUCAAGGAAAGUUAGAAGAAGCGAGAGAUCUCGGAGAGAAAUCAGCGGCGGCAUUGAAACAGGUUCUUGGAGAGCGUCACCCGCAUACACUAACUGCUUGGGCAGACGUGGCGGUGACCUACCACGUCAAUGGACAACUGAGCGAUGCGACGAAGUUGGGCGCUGAGGGUUUUGCACAUGAUGGAAGAGUCCUUGGGUGCAAAACAUCCACAUACACUAAGCGUGAUGUCCAAUCUCGGUUUCAUGUACCAGUCACAGGGCAAAUGGGAUCAGGCGGGUGGGUUAGCGGAGACUGCUUAUACACGAAGACGAAGCAUAUUAGGGAGGAGCAUCCGGAUACCAUUGCAGCGUUGGAGGAUCUCAGGCGAAUCUCAUGGGUAGAAGCGGCGGACCGUAAUGCGGCACAAUCGAGGUCUAAAUAA